AUGUACACAUCUGGACACGGACUUCCAGAAGCAGGCUUACGCCAAUAUGCCAUCGAGCGUGGAAUGGAUCCCGAGAAAUUUUUGGUCAUUACCGAGGCUGAGAAAAAUAGAUGGGCCAUGGGGUGCUUUCGUAAGGAUUUGGAAAGAGAUAUACGCUUUUAUCGCGGUGCAAUAGAAAGUAAAGAAGAUCCUAGAAAAUAUCAUGAAUUUUUAACAGAUCGGGAUAGGCUAAUCGGAGAAGAGUUAUCACGUCGUGGUAUACUAAAAAGCGGUUUAAGUACUGCAUGGCUAGACGAUCUGAUGAAAGAAUGGGAAGAAAUCCAUACUCAAUUCGUACAAAUUUUUAGCCAGACAUAG